AUGUCAACGCUCGACUCUACCACGGCGACCCCUUUUCCGGAACCACCUUCAAAGCGACGCCGAGUAGACGGUGACAGCAUGGACUCAACACCACGGUACAGCUCGCCUGGCAACCUUGAUGGUGCACGCGACAGCACCCCACCCCACGAUAGCAGCCUCGUCCAACAGACCCAAGGUCUUUCAAUACGUCGCGAGCGGGCCUCGCGCAGCCAAAGCAGAGAAAGAUACAAUUCCCGAUCACCUACAUCCUCCCGCGAUGGCUCACGGUCAAGAUCUCGGUCUCGUUCACGGUCGAGAUCAAGAUCCUUAUUCAGAUCGAGAUCCCGCUCCCAAACACCAUACUCUAGAUCACAAUCACGCUCCCGAUCCCGUUCCCAGUCCAUAUCCCGUUCACAGUCUGCCCAACCGACCCCCCCAUCCAUCCACCGACCGCCUAUCAGACCAAACUACCAACCUCACCUCUGCCUCAAGGGGCACAUGAAAGCCAUCUCCCAAGUACGCAUCUCCCCCGACGGGUGUUGGAUUGCCUCUGCCUCGGCCGAUGCCACAGUAAAGAUAUGGGACGCCGCUACGGGAGAGUGCUUGGACACCAUCGUCGGGCACAUGGCCGGUAUUUCUUGUUUGGCUUGGGCGCCCGACAGCAACACCAUCGCCACGGGGUCCGACGACAAAGCUAUCAGGUUAUGGGACAGGUUAACAGGGAACCCGGCGCAUGCUGCGCACUCUACGCCGGAUGCUACCGGAAAAGAAUACAGAGGCUCGUCCACGAUACGAGGAGGGAGAACUGGUAAAGGUCCGUUAUUGGGCCAUCACAACUACGUUUACUGUCUGGCCUUUUCACCAAAAGGCAACAUUCUGGCAAGCGGGAGCUAUGACGAGGCGGUUUUCUUAUGGGACGUCAGAGCUGGGCGGUUGAUGAGGAGUUUACCUGCGCACAGUGAUCCAGUGAGCGGGAUUGGGUUCUGUAACGACGGGACGUUGGUGGUGAGCUGCAGUACGGAUGGAUUGAUGCAAGUUCGUGUCUGGGACACUUCAACUGGGCAAUGUCUUAGAACACUAGUCCACGAAGACAACCCAGCCGUCACCAACGUCUGCUUCAGCCCCAACGGAAGGUUCGUUCUAGCCUUCAACCUCGACAACUCGAUUCGACUGUGGGACUACGUAUCUGGUACGGUCAAGAAGACAUAUCAAGGUCACAAGAACAAGGGGUUCUCUAUCGGGGGGUGUUUUGGCGCUGUUACCUACGCCGAGGAUGGAUACGAGCCAGACGAAGACGACAAGCCGCAACCCUUCAUAGUGUCAGCCAGCGAGGACGGUGACAUUGUUAUGUGGGAUGUUGUAGACAAGAUGAUUGUCCAACGGAUCACUGGGGCGCACGAUGGCGUGUGCUUCUGGGUGGAUGUCAACGGUAAGACAAUGGUCAGCUGUGGGCAGGACAACACCAUCAAAGUGUUUAGACACCAGCCAAGCCGGCAGCCCGAGGCCCAGCCGAAUGGUACCACACCAAAUGGGAUGAAUGGUCAUGCAGAAGAAAACGGGGUUGCCCCGGACGACAACGAUGCAAUGGCUGUUGAUAUUGAGAUGGAGCUGCAAAGGCAGAUUGAAGACGAGUUGGUAAAGCAGGAGCAGAUUUAA